UUCACUCUGCAGUAGAACUGUAUGAUUAAUAUGAGAUGUGCUGUUUCUAAUGUGGGUAGGGCUUGCAAUCACUUCAUGYCUUAAAGUUUUAUCGCUAUGGAUUACCGGCCGUUCAUUUAUGGAGGAUUGGCAUCAAUGACGGCAGAAUUAGGUACUUUUCCAAUUGACACAACAAAGACAAGGCUCCAGCUUCAAGGGCAAGUCAUUGAUGCCAAGCAAACGUCAAUUCGAUAUCGUGGAAUGGCUCAUGCUUUUUUUAAAAUAACAAAGGAGGAGGGAGUUAUGGCACUUUAUAAUGGUGUUGCUCCAGCACUUCUCCGUCAAGCAACAUACGGAUCCCUUAAACUUGGACUCUACCAUGCUAUUAAGAGAAUGCUGAUAAAAGAUCCCAAAGAUGAAAAGUUAUACUUAAAUGUCAUUGCUGGUAUAAUUGCUGGUUCUCUUUCAUCUGCAAUUUGCAACCCCACAGAUGUUUUAAARAUUCGCAUGCAAGCAGAAUAUAAGACUGGUGUUCCAAACAAAGGCAUGAUGAAGUCCUUCAAAAAGAUGUUUUCAGAAGAAGGAAUAAAAGGACUAUAUAGAGGUGUAGGUCCUACAGCCCAACGUGCUGCUGUCAUAGCUGGGGUAGAACUUCCUGUUUAUGAUGCCACCAAAAAGUUUAUCUUAGACAGAAAACUAUUGGGAGAUCAUCCUGGGACACAUUUUUUGGCAAGCACGGUUGCAGGUUUAGCUGGAGCCAUUGCUUCAAAUCCUAUUGAUGUAGCCAAGACAAGAAUGAUGAAUCAAAAGAAUGUAAAAGUAAAAAGUAAAGAUGCUCCUUAUUUGUAUCAAAGUGCCACUCAUUGUAUAAUGAUGACAACAAGAACAGAGGGAUUUUUUGCACUGUACCGUGGAUUCAUACCAAAUUUUGCAAGAUUAUGCCCAUGGAACAUAUUUUUUUUUAUGGCCUUUGAACAAUACAAGAACAUUGGUAAUCACAUUCUUCCUUAGAUAGGACAUUCAGCUUGCAGAUGAAUAUAGGUCGUGUUAGUUAUUGAUUAAAUGGGUAGCUUAAAUACCUGAAAAUAUUAUGCUGCG